CAAGGUUCCCGGUUGAUGCUUGUCACUAUGACCAAGCCCCUUUUUAAUUAAACUUGACCAGUUUCCGCCCACUCCCGAUGAACUGCACUUUCCACUCCCUAUCUCGACAGCGACAGUGAUGUGUCUAAACACUACAGAUUUGCCAUCGUUUCAGCAUGCGCAGCGCAAUGAACGCGGGAAGCGCGGCGUUGCCAGUCCUUCGAGAUCUAGGCGAAGCUGGUGCACCGCUAUCGUAUAGGUUCCGCAGCCCAGACAGACCAUAUAUCUUGACGUGCAUCAUCGGGCGUCGGCGACAUCCCCGAUGGAAGCAAGCGCAGAAAUACGCCAAGUGUUCGCCCUGCUCGACCGGGAUUGUGACCUGGAACUGAGUUUCGAAGAACUCAAGACGGCCCUCCGGGCCAUGGGGUUGGCAGUCACGGAGGCACAAUGCGACGCGCUCCAACGGGACCUCGAGAACGACACGGGGAAGAGCAGCGUCGACUACAUGGGCUUUCUCUCCGUGCUGGCCAAGAUGGAGCACCAGAACCUGUUCGGGCCUGAAUCGGAUGAUGUUCGGGAUUCCACGAAACGGGCACUUCAACUGCUGGACCUCCAAGACAACGGCCUGGUGAGUGUUUUGGACAUCCGCUGGCUCCUGACGACCAUCGGCGAGCCGCUGUCUGCUGCGGAGGCGGACAAGUUUCUCCAAGACGUGGGUGCACCCGACGCCCACGGGCGGGUGCCGUACCAGAAGCUUGUGGACGUUCUGCUGAGCGACCCCUAGCUCCCCGCAAGAUUCGACGAUCUACUUUAUUGCACAAUUUUCAAUAUUAAACCUCCGGAAACAGAGCUGGUG